UGGACUGAUGGAAGCUAAGGCUGAUGCCGUACAACUGUCAUCUUGUGUAUCGGCCCGAAAAGGAUGUUGAGAACCCCGCUGACUUCAUGAGCAGACACCCAAACCUCCAAGCAACCGCAGAGAGAAACGUUGCCAAUGAAUAUGUGAACCAUGUCUGCACCAAUGCCAUACCAAAGGCUAUGACACUUCAAGAGAUUCAGGCUGAAACAGAGAAAGAUUCCACACUCCAGUCACUGAUCAAGGCGAUCGAGACAGACCGCUGGACUGAUUCUGAGAUACUAGACUACAAAAGACUCAAGGACAAGCUACUGGUCUACAGUGGAGUGGUACUGAGAGGUAACAGAAUCGUAGUCCCAAGCAAGCUGAGAGAAAGAGCUGUAGAGCUGGCACAUGUGGGACAUCAGGGCAUCGUAAAGACAAAGCGUUUAAUUCGUGAGAAAGUUUGGUUCCCUGGAAUAGACAAGAUGGUCAAAGAUAAAAUCGAUAACUGCCUAGCAUGCUAAGCAGUAACUCCAAGCAA